UCCGUAUUUGGGAGAAGCGCAGCAGUUCAGUUGGAUUCAGGGUUUGUUUGUCUUUUCUAACUAGUUUUGUGUUAACCGUGCGCUGUAUUUUUUUCAAACCGUCAUCACGGGGAGGGAUAGCGCUGCUACGUCAAUGAGUUAUAAAAGGUAACAUCCUGCUGUCUUGAGCACAUCACUCUCACCAUGGGGAAGAGAUACUACUGUGACUACUGUGAUCGCUCCUUCCAGGACAACAUGCACAACAGGAAGAAACAUCUGAAUGGCGUCCAGCACCACAGAUCUAAAAAGGCUUGGUUCGACCACUUCAGAGACUCAUCAGCAAUUCUGUACGACGAACAAGCAAAGAAAGCCUGCAGAAAGUUUCUCCAGAAAGGAAUUUGUGAUUUUGGUCCUAACUGCAGGUUUUCUCACAUGUCUGAAGAAGAUCUGGAAAAUUUAAAAAGACAAGUGGAGGAUGAACGGCAGCUAAGAGAGGACUCUGAGGACCCUUUUUUGCCUGGGCGGAGUAUAGAAGAAUGGCUCUCCAGAAGGGAAAAGAAGCAAACUGCCCACGGCGUCAAAGGAAAUCUAGAAAAUAAAGACGACUGCGAAGACAGCCAAGGGGAAAGCGACAUACCUCCACAGCUCCUCUCCAUCCCUGACCUCCCGCCCUCCCUGCUGCCUCCUCCUGCGGGCGGAUGGAAAGCCACAGUGAACACGGAGUGGGGCUGAGAGAUAUUCACAAAUCCCUGUUAAGUGGAUGUUUGACAUUCAGAGGAGGAGGAAUGGUACAGAAUACAUAUAUCAUUAAGAGCUCACCUUCACAUAGAAGUACCUACCUGUGCAGGUUUAAAGAAAGGUCUUCAAACAGGAAGGGAAGCCAUUUCUCUUUUCAAAAACUGGAAUACAGUUUGAUUAGAGAAUGCUUCGCUUUUCCACACAUUCUGUUUUCAAUAAAAAAUAAUGAAUUAAAACACCCACUUCUUAGACAGCAAGGUACAGUUAAUCUGAGAUUAGUACAUUCAAUACAGGCGAUGCAAAAUAAGCCUCAUAAUUGACAUUUUGGCAGAGUUUUAUAGACGGUAGAGAGACUCCUCAAAGGAGAACCAUUUGGUGUCAUGUCGUCCCAAAAGAAAGGAAGGAUUGCUGAACAGAUGGAAAUAAUUUUUUGUCUUAUUUUAAUCCUGUGCUGCGUCACCGGGGGAAUCACUGAUCUGACUAAAUUUAAUUUCUUUCCAAGCCUCUGGAAAACAUAAUUUUCCUUCCUAAUUGUAAAGCAGGCAAACUUAUGAUUAGGAUUAUAUUUAAUAUUCAAAGUUUUGUUAAAAAGUUUGUUCAAACUUGUUUUCAUCAACAAGCUUCAGCAGAUUUCAUGUAUUUGUAACUAAUGUAUUCAUAUUUGUCACUGGCUUUAUAAUCCUGAAUUACAUAACUCCUCCUACAUGGGUUUUUGCUGGGAUGUACUUUAUAUACUUUUAUCUGCAUCUGUUACAUACCUGAUGCUAAGUUUGCAGCAGAAUGCUCAUUAAAGUUUUCUUUUUUUCUAA